ACUGGCAUUAACCUCGAGCAGCUCGUGAAGCCCGUGCUGCACGUUCUAUAUCAGCACAUUCCAAGAAGAAUUUGCCGGACGCCGUCGAAGGACUGUUACAAGGGCACGUCCAACUCUAAAGUUGACGUAGGCUGCAUCCCCGGCUGUUCCCUGGCCGUGAGUCUCCGCGGAGGACAGCAACGUGGGUCGCAAUCCCGCCGUCGUGACCGGCACGGUAGACUACGAGACUACGAGAAGAACAGAGCACCGGUCAAACGCAAGAUGGCCACCGGUAGGGAGGGGACCGCACCCUCGACGGCUUCUACGCAUGGCAGAACCAAGCGUGGCCCCCAAAGUCCUGCAGCUGCCGCGUCGCCCGGGGAACGCGGCAGCCGUUCGGUGGCUCCCCAGAAAAGCGGGGAUAAAGGUGCCGUGUCGCCGCUCGCCAAGCUCAAGGGCACCGCUCCACUUACCAGAUGCGCGAGCUGCUCAGCCAUAACGUUGAAAGGCGACCCGGCGUCCCGCACGACCGAGAAGGGGCCCCACAAGUCCUCGACGUCUCCUCGACCAACUACACAAGGAGCCAACAGCGGCCUUGUACGUUCUCCGGUCGGCGCAUCGCAGCCGGCGUCGCCGGAGCAUGCGACUCCCUCGAAUGCACCAUCCGCAAAGGCAACACCCCCAUGUCAGGUGGGCGAGUGGUUAAGCAUCAUACCGAGAAACGUUCCGGCUUCAGAGAGCAUCGGAAAAGCUGCCGCGGGUGUUGCCGCAACGGUGCAAGCACGGGAACCGCCGCGGUGGCGUGGCGGGGACCAAGGUGGCGGUGGCGCAGUGACGAACACGGCCAGCGCCGCCGCAUCUUCCCGCGCGGGCCGCUCGGUUCUGCGCGACCUCGGAUUGGCUGCACUUCGCCGGAGUCCGAGAAUUUUUGGAUUCCACGAUUCGCCAAAGCAGUCCCCGCCGCUGAGUAAAACAGGCGAAACGUCUCAUGGAGACGCUUGUCCGACAGUAAGUAAUAGCCAAAGGAUCGUGGGCCUAAUCAUGAGCAUCGUCCUUGUGGUCGUGGUACUCAUCUUGCUCAAGAUCGUGUGGUUCCAGUAUUCGGGCUCCCCGAAUGUGUGCCUGACGAGCGCCUGCGAUGCCUACUUGCACCGGCUUCUCCAGUCCAUCAACAUGUCAGUGGACCCGUGUCGUGACUUCACGCGGUUCGUCUGCAGCGGCUGGAAGCGAAGCCAGAACCUUGACGUCUGGGAGGAUCAGUUCAUCGGGUUCCUCGACAGGUUAGACGCAACGUUGAAGGACGCGGACAUUCCUCUCACGGGACAAAAUGACGAGCAGAGAGCCGCUGCUCUGUACCGCAGCUGUGACGACGUGCUACAAGGAAAGAAGGACGAGAUGGCGGCUGUGAAGGCGGCGCUACGCGACGCUGGCAUCGUCUGGCCGCAGCCCGCCCACGGAGCGGACGCUGUACACGCGCUGGUCUACAGCUCCAUCAAGUUAGGCUGGGACGCAAUUCUCUCUUUCGAUGUCACUACGCACCAAGGCGAAACGGUGGACGAGCUUGUCGUCGAUCCUGGAAGUUCAUUCCACUUUUUGCUGUCGAGGUCCAUGAGAGAACAGUCGCCGGCUUCAAAGCGCGCGUACUUUCAAUUUCUCAGGAGCCUGUUCGAGCUCAGAGGCCCGAAGAACACCAGCGCAGUGACGUACGAGCAGAUGCAGACCAUCGCGGAACCGGCACUUGGCGACCUUUCGCUUCUUUACGACACCUGGGACAAGCCACGACUGCCAGCCGACUGGUUUUCAAACUUGUCAAGCGCGGGCGUGACAGAAGCUCGCUGGCUAGAAGCCCUGCACAACGUCAGCAUCAGCCUGCGCGAUGGUCUGCGGAUCACGACCGGAAAUCCCGGUUUUCUGGCCACGCUGUUGGGACUCUGGACGCGCAUUGGCGAGGACUCCUUCCACCUCUUCGUCUCGUGGUGUACGGUCCAGGUCGCCGCGCUUUACGCGAACAAAGGCUCAAUUCUCAACUAUUAUGGCCAGAGUUCCGAGAAGGCGCAAGUCUACCACAGAGCCUUCUGUCUCAGCAGAGCCGCGGUGUUCUUUCGGAAAGCAUACUUCGCAAGUUACAUCGAUAGCACCCUCCAGGAAAACAAGGUUUCCGGUGCGAAAAAUAUUGCACUGUCGGUGCGGCUUGCUUUUUCCCGGCGCCUCUCGAAGUGGGUUCACUUCGACGAAAACAUAACGGUGCUCGCGAAUUGGAUCUCCCUGGACACUGCUUUUCGUAGCUUCGAGUAUGACAAGGGCGAACACAAAACUUCUGGUGCUAAAAACAAUGUAAUGCCGGAUAUGUCAGAUUCUUUCGUCAACAACUGGCAGCUUUCGACUCUCGUCAACAAGCCAGAUGAAACGAAGCACUUGGAGUACGCGAUCUGCCACCUGAUGUUUUACGUGGUGCUCUGGAAAAGCCGAGACUUCCAGUUGAUGCCUUAUUCCCUGUCAGUCCCGUUUUUCGACCCGGACCUACCCGCGUCUAUAAACUACGGGGCCUUUGGAAGCGAGAUCGUCGGCGCCAUCAGCUCCAUCUUUGUCGAAUCUUACCGCGAGAACAGAAACGUGUCGAUGUACCUCAUCAAUUGUAUGAAACUGGGGCCAUCGGGAAGCGAGAAGUACACCGAUGACAAUGUGGCUCACGCUGUCGGUUUCAGCGCCCUUGUGGACGCAUACAAAAGAACAAAUCCUUCUUCAUCGUGGGCCAUUGAAGGACUCGAACACUACACAGGCCUGGAGCUGCUCUUCAUGACUGCGUGUUUCAGCUUGUGUUCGGGAAGGGUCAAAGCAAAGCGCCACGAGUGUGAGCUUCUGGCUCAACACGUGCCCGUGUUUGAUGAGGCUUUUCGUUGCCCUCCAAGAGACCAACGAAACCAAUCUUUUCAGUGUCAACUACUGUGAAAGCAUCGAUCAAUUUAUUGAAAUGAAUGUUUGUGGGUGUCAUUUUCUCAAAAACCUUGAACCCGCGUUUUGUUUCAACACAUAACUCGAAUAUCUAGGUGCACUGAUGAACUAAUAAUUCUUAGUCGUCCUUAUUAGUGUUAUUGUGAAAAAUUAGUCUUUGAAGGCCGAGUGCCGUAACCACAUAACAUUCAAUACAUAGCUAGCAACUUCUUGAACUUCGUGAGAAUGUGUGAACCUGAAUUUCACAAGCAUCAUUAUCCAAUGGCAUUGCUGGCUACCAAUUGUGCAAAGAGACCAAUGAAAUAUUACGCGUUCUUCCCGAACGUUUGUGCAUAAUAGUGCUUGUUGCAGCUCUGUUUUUCUGCGAUACAUUGUGCCUUAAUGAUUUAAUUACCGGAACAUCGUGUUGAGGAGUAAACCGAGACCAAGCAUUUGUAAUCGGCCAUAUGAUCGGGCCCGCGACCAAGUAUUGCCAUGUGGGCUUAUGAGCAGCUGUGCUCAUGACGUACGUCUACUUGCGUGGUAAGCGCCAAUACUUUUUCGUCAUCUCCACAGUGUUUGCCAUUUUCAAGAGUAAUUACAUUAUUU